UACGAUUUUAGGCAUAGUAGAUGUUGUCAUCCUAAAAUUUCUAUUAUUAGACAAAUGGCGCACGCGUAACUACAUUUAAAAUCGCCAUACUUUUAUUUUAUUGUUGUGAUAUUGAAAAAGUCGUUGGGAAGUCGAAUUUUUAUAUAAAAUUUAGAGUAUUUGAGUGUUGUUUAUUUAAGUUAAUAUAGAAAAAAAUGAAGCUUCGCUAGAAGAGAGUUCUCGAGUUCGAUAUAUGAAAAACAUACGAAAUGGGAGCUUUUCUUGACAAACCAAAGACAGACAAAUUUUUAGAACACGGCGAAGGCAACGGAAUUCGCUAUGGGGUCGCGAGCAUGCAGGGCUGGCGCAUGGAGAUGGAAGACGCUCACAUGGCCAAAACCAAUCUAGGCGAAGCCUUAAAAGAUUGGUCUUAUUUCGCCGUAUUCGACGGACACGCCGGAGCCUACGUGUCCGCACAUUGCGCCGAUCACUUGCUGAACACUAUCAUGGAAACGGAAGAGUUCCACGAAGACGUUAUGAAGGCUAUUCACAAAGGAUUCUUAGAAUUGGACAAUAAGAUGCGCGGCUUGCCGGAGAUGACCUCUGGUAAAGAUAAAAGCGGAUCGACGGCCGUUUGCGCCUUUAUCUCGCCUCGUACCAUUUACGUAGCCAAUUGCGGCGAUUCCAGGGCGGUGCUUUGUCGCGACGGGAUGCCGGUCUUUUCUACGCAGGAUCACAAGCCCGGUUUGCCCACCGAACGGGAUAGAAUAGUCAAAGCCGGCGGGUCCGUUAUGAUUCAAAGAGUCAACGGAAGCCUAGCGGUGAGCAGGGCGCUGGGUGAUUUUGAGUACAAAAACGUCGAGGGUAUGGGACCCUGUGAGCAACUCGUAUCUCCCGAGCCCGAGAUAUUCGUUAGGGAAAAAGACGAUAUGGCCGAUGAGUUCCUAGUCCUGGCGUGUGAUGGAAUUUGGGACGUUAUGAGUAAUGAAGAUUUAUGCGCGUACAUUCGCAAUCGAUUGUGCAUUACCAAUAACCUGCAAGAAGUUACCAGUCAAGUUAUUGACACCUGUUUGUACAAGGGGAGUCGAGAUAAUAUGAGUAUAGUACUAGUGGUUUUUCCUGGUGCUCCCACUCCAACUCCAGAAGCUGUGAUGGCCGAAAAAGAAUUAGACGCUUCUAUUGAAAGGCACCUCAAAGAAAUCAUAGAAGUAAGUAAUGAUACAGAUUAUUAUCAAGUACAUCGUAAACUUAAGUCAAUUAACAUUGAAGGAUUACCACCCGGAGGAGGUUUAGCAUCCAAACAUAAGUUAAUUGACCAAAUUUUCAAGGAACUCUGUCCUGAGGAGGCGGAAAAUGUGAGUGGAAGUUUCGAUGUUUUCUUUUAAAUAAAUCAAUUCGUUUUUUUUGUGGACUGAUUUUAUUAUUCGUCAAAAUUUGUUACUGUAUAUUGAAUUGUCAUUUUUUAUCACAAUGAAAUAGAAAUUAAACGAAUUACUUAUCAGUUGAAACAGGGUAUGUUCUUGAAUAUCGAUCUUUGGCCCAGCAAAUGUACAAUUCUAGACUAUAAGUUUUAUGUUUUAAUUUUUUGUUUUUGGUUUUUUUAUUGAACGUGUUUUUGUAAAUUUUGAUGUUGCAAUCAAAAAUAAUUGUUGCCAAAAGUUUAAUGUAAUAUUUAUCUACAUAAUGAAUAAUUGAUGCGAGGAACAUUAGAAUAUGGGAAGAUUUUUGGUGUAGGAGUUAAUAUUUAUACAAGUAUCUUGCUGAAUAUUUUAUGAAACGCGAAUUAUUAGUUCAAUCAUAUUAGAAUUGGGGAUCAAAUUUUUUAAAACUACUAGAUUACUAAUUGUAAUAAUUGAGAUAAAAAAUACAUUCAAUCGAAGAAAAUAUUAUUUUUUGUAGUUGAAAUGGUUUUUUAUGAAGUUUAAUAAUUAUUGCACUAUUAUGUAAUAUUUAUUGUAUUGUUUGCAUAAAUUGAAUUUUAUUUUUACUCAUCUUUUUGAUAUUUUAUGUGCCAUUCGUAAUUUUAAAUUAAAAUAAUUCUAUACGUGAAGAUAUUUUAUAGAUAUUUAAAAAGUACAAAUUUAUAAUACUAAUAAAUAUAUUGUAGUAAAAGGCUCAGUUUUGAAACAUUUGACUAGAAAUUGUAUACAAAUAUAACUAAUUAGUGACAGUAAUUACACAAAAAACAUUACACUUUCAUUCAUAUUCAUUACACUAAUAAUAUUUUAAAAUUAAUCAAAAAUGUAUAAUUAAAAAAAGUACAAUACAUAUACGCAAUUUGAGCGUCUUGAAGUGGCGAUAUCUUUUAUCAACGUUGCUUAAUUUAUGGUAAAAAUCGGUAAUUAAUCGAAAAAGCCUGUAGUAGGAAUAUUAUCUCUAUACUUAUAGAAUUCAAGUACAAUAAAUGUUAUUGGAAAAAAAUCAACGUCCAAUAUUCUGAAUGAUGAUACUUUUUAAGUAAAAUAUUUUUGAGAUAGGGAGAAACACUCAUCUAUUAGGAAUUUACCAAAUAUACAAACUAAUUCGGAGAAGGUAGUAGAAUAAUAUAAAUCUUAAGACCUUUUAGAGUAAUUUAUAGAUACUAUUUGAAAUAAUAGGUAUAAAAAGAAUAAUAUUUCAAUAGAACGAGUAUUUUUACUUAUCAUAAUAAAUUAUACAUAGCAGUAUCGAGCUGUAUCCAAGCAAAUUAUAACAUUUUAUUUAUUUUUGAUUGCAAUGAAUUGAAUUCGGUUUUUUAUACAACAUUUACAUAAUACUAUAUGCACAAAAUGCCAAUAAGACCUUGGCAAACAAAACUUUUUUAUCAUGAUAUUCAGAUAUUAAGGAAAUUUUUUGAUUGACUUCCCUUUUUUAAAUAUGUGUACAGUAGUAAAUUAUAUUUUUAAAUAAAAUUAAUUCCUCG